GGAUGUUAAGUUUCGUUUUCCGGACUAUCAGCUGCUGCGGAGCAUAAAUACUGAGACGCUGCAGAGACACAUCCAGAAGACAAACGUCGUUUCAUCUGUACAGAUACCAGAAACUCAUCAGAUAUCAAAAUCUUCAUUUGACAACAUGAGCGGAUCUACAGAAUGGGUUCCUUCCCUGUGGUUGGACACCUUUAAUGAGUUGCUGGAAGACAAUGAGCUGGAUUAUGAAGAUCAGUGGAGUCUCAACUUCAACUACACCCAGACAGACACAGUUACCAAGGAGGAGAAGAAGAGGGGUUGGAAAGUCUACUGCCACCGUGCAUACGCAAAUUUCCAGUGUGGAUCCUGCAACAAGACCUGGCCUUCAGCACGGGUGGUGGUGUUGUUCCGCUACCGGCUGCGUGGCGACCGGGGGACAGUGAUCAUGCGUCCCUUUGGACAGUCCUGCCGCAGUUGCCGAGACGACGAGUUUGAACUCCCUGGUUUUUCCAAUAAAGUGGUGGAGGAAGCCUUGCUUAGGCUGUUCAGCAAAAUCCGGAAGAAUUGCUACGGAGAUGAGGACGAUGAUGAUGAUGGCUCU